AUGGUGCGAGGCAAAAAAGUCCACGAUGACGUCUUCCGUCUCCUUGCGUGGUAUCUAAGUACCACUUCUCACUGGGUGGUAGAGAUUGCAGACGACUACUCUAUGUUUCGUUGCGCGGGUGUCUCUAAUAUUUCUGUCGUCUUGCUAGAGAUUACAAAGGCCACGACACACUACGCAUGGUCCUUUAUACCCCUCGUUAACAUGAGCCAGGCCACGCUUGUGAAAACGCACUUCGUCCAAAGCGGCACGCAGGCAAGCCAAUCACGAACCCACACACGAGCUGGACUCAAAUAUUUACCCACGACGGCUCGGCUCGUGUGGCUUGCCGGCGUUCUUGCAACGUCUUCUACUGGCCUGGGUCCCCUCCCCAAGUAUCACUUCUCACUGGGUGGGACCUGGGCCGGUAGACGCAGUACUCCUGCGGCGUUGUGUGGGUGUCUCUGCCUACCUAACAUCUCGUCGGAGACUAAGGAAAUGGACUACAUUUAUGACCGGACCCACUCGACAUUUUUGCCAAAAGCCGAUCAUCCAAGAAUCGGUGGCCACCGCCACCGCCACAACAUCACGCGGCGUCUUCUUCUCCUUACCUUCCACCUAGGCAUAACUUCUCACGGGGGCGGACCCGAAGCAACACGAACCAGAACCAGAAUGACUGUUGCGUGGGAGCCUCCGCCUACCUUACAGCUCGCCGGAGACCAAGGAAAUGGAUUACAUCUACAACAGAAGCCCCUCAACAGUUUUUCCAAAAAUGCAACCAUCAAAAAAUGGAUGGCCGCCGCCACAACAUCACGCGGCGUCGUCUCCUUGCCUUCCACCUAG